GGAAUAUCCUGCAACAACAAAUGCUUUCCCACGAGUCUUCGGGGUAAUGACCAAUUCUAUGAAUAAUAACACUAGACUGAUAAUCUUAAUUGUAUUAUUGCUAUCUGGAUCAGUUUGCUUGCUCUUAUCUUCUUUUCUUUUUUCGUUUCCUUGCUUUUUGCUAUAAACCCUGCCUAACAAAAAGAUCUGUCAAAUCCAAUUAAUCUUUCAAAUGAGAUUUUGAGUUCCCAAUCUUUCAGAAAUGAGAUUUUCAUUAAUCUUUCAAAUGAGAUUUUCAGUUCUAAUUUGUCACUUAGUGGCAGCUUCAGGGCUCUUCUUUCAGGCAAUGUAAAAGGAAACAAAGAGAAAGAAGAGAGUAUAGCAGUGUGAUUGGACCACCAAAAUGAAUGGAAGCGAUGCCUUGUGAUUCAAGUGAAGUAUAUGUGGACGUUGAUUGGAAACCUGAAAGAACCCUAGUCCUGCUUGGUCGAACGGGGAAUGGUAAAAGUGCAACUGGAAAUAGCAUCCUAGGAGAAACUAAGUUCCGGUCAAGACCAGGAGGAAGAUCCAUUACCAAAAAGUGUGAGCUACAUCAAUCCAAUCUACCAAAUGGUCAGAAAGUCAAUGUUAUAGAUACUCCUGGUCUGUUUACUGCUUCCUCGACGCAAGACUUUACAAUCAGAGAAAUCGUUAGAUGCUUACGUCUGGCUAGAGACGGUAUAGAUGCAGUGCUUCUUGUUUUCUCUGUGAGGAAUCGGUUAACAGAAGAGGAACAGUUAACGCUUCGCACACUAAAGAUCCUUUUUGGGAAUGAUAUUGUUGAUUACAUGAUUGUUGUUUUCACCAAUGGAGACGAGUUUGAUGAUGGAGGGAGUCUGGAUGAGUAUUUAGAGGAUUGUCCAGAGUUUCAAGAAAUUCUCAUGGAAUGUGAUGGCCGUAAGGUGUUGUUUGACAAUAGGCGUAAAAUCUCUAAAAGCAAGAACGACAAGCAAGUCCAGGAUCUUCUCAACCUUGUUGAGCAAGUCUCAAAGAAGAACAAUGGAAAAUCUUUUAUGGCUGACAUAUUACUUGAGCUAAAGGAGAACGAGGAGACGUUCGAGGAAAAGCAGAAGCAGAUUGAAGAAAUGAAGGGUCGGUCUUCAAAACAUGAGAUAUCCCAAGUGAAGAAAGAAGUAGAGAAAUCUUACAACGAAAUGCUAGAGGGAAUAAAAGAAAAGAUCUCUAAUCAGCUGAAGGAAUCGAUGAAGGAUGUGAAGGAGCAAUUAGCUAAAGCACAAGUAGCAAGAGAGGAAACCGAGAAAAAGAUGUCAGAAAUUCAGAAACUAUCUUCUGAUGAGAUCAGGAGGCUAAGAGAACAACUCAACAAAGCUGAGAAAGAGACUGCUUCUUUACGUAACGAACUCAACAAAAAAUGCUCUGUUCUGUAAGCAUCAUAUGUCUAUAUGCUCUGCUUCUACGAUCAUUUCAAUCACUAAUUAGAUCAAAUACCAUAGUAAUUAUAGAUUUAAUAUGUAACAAUAAAAAACAAGAGUAAUGUCUUCAUCAUCACACAAACACC